AUGUUGAACCUACUGCACCUCAGUUCGGGCUCGGGCUCCUCUCUCCCCUUCGCCGUGCUCUUACUCGCGGGACUCUCGACGGUAACGGCGACAGUCGUCUCUGCGACAUCGAUAUUUCUGCACCUCAAGAACUAUCGCAAGCCUGUACUGCAACGCAUGGUCGUGCGUAUCAUGCUCAUGGUGCCUAUAUAUGCCAUUUCGUCAUUUAUUUCGCUGUUCUCGCUUGAGGCGGCAUUCUUCAUUGACGUGGUACGGGAUAUCUACGAGGCGUUUGUGAUUUACUGUUUCUUUGACCUCCUUAUCGCAUACCUUGGUGGGGAGCGAUCGCUUCUUAUACUCCUGCAUGGCCGUCCGCCCAAGUAUCCGAUAUUCCCGACAAGUAUAUUCUGGAGAGAGGUCGAUGUCAGUGACCCCCACACAUUUUUGUUCCUCAAGCGUGGCGUCAUUCAAUAUGUCCAGGUGAAGCCGAUGCUUGCACUGGUCACGGUGAUUUUGAAACUUUUGGGCAAGUUCAACGAGGGAGAUCUUCGUGCGAACUCCGGCUACCUCUAUGUCAGUCUUGUCUACAACGCCAGCAUCUGUCUGAGCUUGUAUUGUUUAGCCAUUUUUUGGAUGUGCGUGAACAAUGAUCUCAAACCCUUCAGACCGAUGCCCAAGUUCCUCUGCGUGAAGGGUAUCCUCUUCUUCUCCUUCUGGCAGUCGAUUUUCAUCUCCAUUCUCGUGGCCGCGGGGGCCAUCACGAAACUUGGCCCAUACACGGACAACGAGCACAUCUCACUCGGGUUGACGGACUCGCUCAUAUGCUUCGAGAUGCCCCUCUUCGCGAUCGCGCACAUGUAUGCGUUCGCGACGCGUGAUUUUGUCGACCCCCAGACAAUGUACGUCGCACGCAUGCCUGUGUACUACGCGUUCCGUGAUGCGUUCGGGCUCAAGGACGUCGUCGAGGACACUAAGGCGACCCUCCGUGGCGAGCACAUGGACUACCGGGAGUUCGAACCGAGUGAGGGCUACAUCCACCAGGGCGCCGGCCGCGAUCGCCGCAUCAGGGCGGGCCUGCGGUACAGCCAGGGCGGGAGGAGAAAGUAUUGGCUGCCGCAGCACACAACGUCGACGCGCCCGCCGGGAAGUGUGGAACGGCACGUGAACAGAGUGGUGGGGACAGUCGUGGGCCAGGACGAGGCAGAAGAAGUGUAUGCCCCCCUCCUGUCGGGCCAGGCUGAGAACGUGGUGCAUACUGCUGCGGAUUUGCGAUCCCUGCCUGACGAGGGCUUCGGCCUGUUCAGCGCCGCGCACGACACGGGCGACGGGUACGACCUCGAGUUCGGGGACCUCGAUGAUGCGGAUGAGGAACUGUUCGAGCACAGCAAGAAGUACCUCUUCGGCGACUACCAUUACCCAUCCGUGGACGUGAGCUCCGAGGUCGCACGGAAGACGAUGUGGGAAGAGGAGGAGCGGAUACUACGCGACGAGCGUGGGGCGUACUUCUCGCCCGUCCUCGGGCCCGGGAGGGUGCUCGGGCGCAGCGGGAAUUACGGGGCGACGGGCAACUUCCAUCGGAGUACGCCUCGUGAACGACACGAUUCCGAUCUGUCCGACGGGGCACGCCGCAGGGGAAAGUUGCGGGGAGACGUCGCUCCGCCUCCGAUCGAGGUGGUCAUCAACAAGGAGGACGACCGCCUGCCCGCGCCAGACAUGGGUGAAGUGCGACUGCGGUGGACAAGUGGCAAGGAGCAUGUGCUGCCCUCCCCGCGCGUCCGUACCCUCUCUGCCAGUGCCCAACCUGCUCUCGCGCUAUCGGGUUCGGCAUCCCCGUCGUCGUCGUCUGGCAGUCCGAUGAUGCGACCGCCGCCGUCGCCUCGCACGGAAAUUGAGCGCCCCGCCCUUCCUCCAGAUGCAGUCGACCUCGUCGUAGAGGACCACCAUGCUGCGCAGGAUGAGAUGGUUUAUGAGCGGCGGAAGGGCGAGCCGGCAGUGCGCGGCGGCGCAGGCCUGCGCAAGGUGUAUCGCAGAGGCUAUGUGGUGGAUGACGGCGAGGCGCGGGCGGAAGGGGAUGGAGGGGUGGAGGAUGAGUCUGGCGACCAGGACGCGAUGUUCACAGUAGGCGACGACGUGGACAACAUCCUUGACGCCGAGGCCGAAGUGAUAGACGAGACGACGACCAUUACGACUCUGGAGACACCUCCUGCACAUGCCCACAUUGUAUAUAUUAGUCCUACCAUUCCUGAUAAUGAGAAUCCGUGGGCGUGA